GGGGGCGGGGACUCGCGCGGUCCUGGGGCAGCUCCUCGGCCCGGCCGGCGCCGGAGAUUCUGACAACCUUCGUCGACGCCGCCUCGCCCUCCGCUGCUCCCGAUGGCUGUCACCAUGAAUGAGGACCUGCGCCGGGAGCGGGCCUCGGCCACCUUCAACCCCGAGCUGCUCACGCACAUCCUGGACGGCAGCCCGGAGAACACCCGGCGACGCCGAGAGAUCGAGAACCUGAUUCUGAACGACCCAGACUUCAAGCAUGAGGACUUGAACUUCCUCACUCGCAGCCAGCGCUACGAGGUGGCUGUCAGGAAGAGUGCCACCCUGGUGAAGAAGAUCAGGGAGUUUGGCAUCUCAGACCCUGAUGAAAUCAUGUGGUUUAAAAAACUACAUAUGAUCAAUUUUGUGGAACCUGUGGGCCUCAAUUUCUCCAUGUUUAUUCCCACCUUGCUGAAUCAGGGCACCACUGCUCAGAAAGAGAAAUGGCUGCUUCCCGCCCAACGACUCCAGAUAAUUGGCACCUACGCCCAGACGGAGCUGGGCCACGGGACGCAUCUGCGAGGCUUGGAAACCACAGCCACAUAUGACCCUGAAACCCAGGAGUUUGUUCUCAACAGUCCCACUGUGACCUCCAUCAAGUGGUGGCCAGGUGGACUUGGAAAGACUUCAAAUCAUGCGAUAGUUCUAGCCCAGCUCUACACCCAGGGGAAAUGCUAUGGAUUGCAUGCCUUCAUUGUGCCUAUUCGGGAAAUUGGAACCCACAAGCCUUUGCCAGGGAUCACCGUUGGUGACAUUGGCCCCAAAUUCGGCUACGAUGAGAUGGAUAAUGGCUACCUGAAGAUGGACCAUUAUCGUAUCCCCAGGGAAAACAUGCUGAUGAAGUACGCCCAGGUGAAGCCUGACGGCACCUACGUGAAGCCCGUGAGUAACAAGCUGACCUACGGGACCAUGGUGUUCAUCAGGUCCUUCCUCGUGGGAGAAGCUGCUCGGAGCCUGGCCAAGGCCUGCACCAUUGCCAUCCGAUACAGCGCCGUGAGGCACCAGUCGGAAAUCAAGCCGGGUGAACCAGAACCACAGAUUUUGGAUUUUCAAACCCAGCAAUAUAAACUCUUCCCACUGCUGGCCACUGCCUAUGCCUUCCAUUUUGUAGGCGCCUACAUGAAGGAGACCUAUCAUCGCAUUAAUGAAGACAUUGGCCAAGGGGACCUGAGUGAGCUGCCCGAGCUUCAUGCCCUCACCGCCGGGCUGAAGGCUUUCACCUCCUGGACAACCAACACCGCCAUCGAAGCCUGUCGGAUGGCCUGUGGCGGGCACGGCUACUCUCACUGCAGCGGCCUCCCAAACAUCUACGUCACCUUCACCCCAACCUGCACCUUCGAGGGAGAAAACACCGUCAUGAUGCUGCAGACCGCCCGGUUUCUGAUGAAAAGUUACGACCAGGUGCACUCGGGAAAGCUGGUGUGUGGCAUGGUGUCCUACUUGAAUGACCUGCCCAGUCAGCGCAUCCAGCCGCAGCAGGUGGCCGUGUGGCCCACCGUGGUGGACAUCAACAGCCCCCACAGCCUCACCGAAGCCUAUCGGCUCCGGGCGGCCAGAUUAGUAGAAAUGGCUGCCAAAAACCUUCAGACUGAAGUGAGUCACAGAAAAAGCAAGGAGGUCGCGUGGAACCUGACUUCCGUGGACCUCGUGCGAGCUAGUGAGGCGCACUGCCACUAUGUGACAGUUAAGCUCUUUUCAGAGCAGCUCCUCAAAAUUCAAGAUAAGUCCAUCCAGGCCGUCUUGAGGAAUUUGUGCCUCUUGUAUUCUCUGUACGGGAUCAGUCAGAAGGCGGGGGAUUUUCUUCAGGAGAACAUCCUGACAGACUCUCAGAUCACCCAGGUGCACCAGCGCAUCAAGGAGCUACUGACCGUGAUCCGCCCGGACGCUGUUACGCUGGUCGAUGCGUUUGAUUUCCAGGAUGUGUCGCUGGGCUCCGUGCUGGGCCGCUACGAUGGCAACGUGUAUGAGAACCUGUUCGAGUGGGCCAAGAACUCCCCGCUCAACAAAGACGAGGUCCAUGAAUCUUUCUACAAGCACCUGAAGCCAUUGCAGUCCAAGCUCUGAAGGUCACGACCUCAGUCCUCCACGCCCCUGCACCCGCCACACAGACCUGCUCGGAAUCUUGAUCCAAUGCAGAGAGCUUUGGAGCACAUGAUAAAUGGACCCUUUCCUCUUUAUGAAUGAAGAAAACAAUGACCAGCUUUCAGAGAUUAAAUGAAAAAACAAAUGUUUUAAGUGCAAUUAACACUAAAAGAGACCUGCUAAGCAUUCAGAAAAAGCUUUAAGAAAUGCAGUAUGAUUUCCCUUUGUAACGCUGCUGAUCCCAGGCCAUAACUUUUGAUAAUUCAUAGGGUUUAACUACUAAGUAGUUAAUUUUUCACUUCUUAAUUGCUAAUCACUGGAUAAUAGUGUUUUUAAGCAAACAUAUUUUUGAAGUGGGGUAGCACCCUUCUGAGCUUUCCUGCUGAAUGCCCUACCCCUCCCACCGUGGGCCCUGGCUUAGAAGCAGUUCCGAAGAAAACGGAUGGGAGAAGUAAAGUAAUCAGGAAAUUCGGUGUGAGUCCAGCUGGACACAUUUCUGCCUGCUUGCCCUUGACUGCUGACGUAUUUUCUAAUUGUUCACAGUAGCGUUUGUCCAACACAAGGAUUUCUUCAGUACAGGCCCACUGCGAGGUCAUGGUCCUGCGCAACUGGGAAUUAAUCUUCCAUUUGCAGGAUUGUCACUGUAGUAGCACUGCAUCUCCCUUUGUCCCCCCCAUCUUGGGAAGAGGUAGGUAGCAAGGUUAUCUCAUAGGACCUUUGGCAGUGAUGGGACUUUAAUCAGUGGUGUUUGAUCUCCCGCCCGCCCUCCUCCCCUAACCUCCUGAAGGAGGUGCUGAAGAAAGGAGAGAGCCACCGUUCCUUCCUGGUGGAGUGAGUGUAGGGAGAGCUCUCGGUCACGGUUACUGUGACUUGGUGGCCAUGUUCACUGGAAAGCCUGGAACAAUCCAGAUUUCAUAUGUGCUGUCAUUUUGGCUAAACCAUGAACAUGCUUGGAGGUUCCAGCACCCGGCAUGACAGAAGUAAAAGCAUCCCUCAGGCUGCCUCUGACACCCCGGGUACCACAGGAAAACCCUUGGCAAACCAUGUGUUCUGAUUUUGGAUCAGAAAAUAAUCAUUGGAACUAUGGCUGAAGGAUAAAUGGAAGUUGCAUAGAAUCUGUUACUUACUGUACAUCUGGUUUUAUUUUCAGUAUGUUUCUAGGAGUUUUAUCUGAACUGCUAAAUUGUCCUUUCAACUGAAAUCUAAUUUACACAAUCAUUCUAUAUGUAAAGGGUAAACGUGUAUGUCUUAAUGAGUUUUAUUCUUAAAAUCAAUGUAAAACUACA